AUGGUGGCGACCGAGCGCGAUGCCAACGAGGAAGGAGAGGGGCCAAAACAAACACUACAUAUACCCUUGGAUCCCGAACGCAGAUGGACGAACCACGUAUACGCUUCCUUGAGUCCGGUCCACUGGAUCUCUGACGCAGGCGUCCCUGGAUCAGCAGUCAAGGAUCGCACGGACACGCGAGCGAUCUUUCCGGGAGCUUCACCGCCUUGUGGCACGCGCACUUACCCAGAUCCAAACAUCGAGGCAGCCAUGGAGAACAACCGCAAGGUCAGAGAAUCGGCAGCUGCUGCUCGCCCCCGGGAGGCUCGCGGCGCCGGCAAUGUCGAGGGAUGGAAGGUUGCUGACACGGCGACCACAGCCGCCGAGGAAGACCAGAGCCGCGAGCGACAGCCUGAACAGGAGAGGGGUCGCGUCUAUAAGGAUCUCCUCGACUUCCUGAAUCGAGACGAGGCCUACGCCGAUGGAGCUUACAGCCGCCGACAAGACCAACGCAGCAGCGCACAGCGAUAUCACCCCUGCGGGCACUUCCUCAAGCGAGAAAGCGACCAAGACAGGAGCGUGCCCACUCAGUCACAUGCGCAGGGUCAGCCUCCUCAUGACAACGGCUUCGGGACCCGAGCACGUCGACGAGGCGAGGCAAAGGCUACCGAUCAAGACAGAGCCAGUCGUCAGCCUUCUCGAUCUCAGAUGCCCCCGUCAGUGAAAGUUGAGCGGCGCAGUGCAAGCCCUCUCUUCCACGGUGCGAGCAGACCACACGGAGCAACCCCAGCGAACGUGCCGCGAGUGCACGUAAGCUUCCGCCCGACGGGCUUGCCCACUAACGGCACUGAAGGCAUCGUCAUGGAUCACGGCAGGAAUGGCGCCGUGGAUCCCGUCGCCAUGCAGAGCCCGGGCAACGUGAUCGAGCGGAUCGCAGCCUCUGACCCGUCUGGUGGCCCUGCCUUGAUACACGGCGUCGAUUAUUUACUCAAUGACGCCUACGAGAUCUGGCCGAUGCGAGAAUACCCGGAGCCAGGCCGACCAGAUACGCUGGGGAGGUGCACUAGGCGUUUCAGGUACGAGGGACCAGCUGCACACCCUGAUUCCAACGACUACCUCAACAUGGUCAAGGCCGCCAAACAGCAACUGGCGACACAGUUCCCAUGCGUCCCGGCCGAGGACUGGGUGAUUAGAGGCGCUGACCUCUCGCCUUUCAAGCUUGCCUGCUCAAGCGCACCGUAUCCCGAAUACCAGGUCCUGCUUCGUGUCGACUCGCUGGAUAUCCGCAAUGGACGCGGUGAUGUCCUCAAUUCGAUGCGGGAGGCUCUUCGCGCUCAAGGCAAGAUUAUCGCCUUCUGGCCAGUAUAUUACAAGGACAUGAUCAUCAACGGCAUACCAACUCAGUCUGACUUUACUGGCACGGUCUAUGUGCUGCUGAGAUGGACGGGUCCUCUUGGGUUGAGCGAGCGCGUCGACACGAGUCGUCUGCCCGCUUUCCUCGACUUCGCUGAUUUGCCGUUCCCGAAGAGGCUCCCGCUCGUCUUCACUGGUAGGCCAGCCGACUGCGAGCAAUGCAGCGCUAAAGAGCCUUUGCACCUAGCCAAAGACUGCUCCAACCGCAAGUGA